GUCCAAAUUGAGAGUUGAGGCCUGAGGGGUUCUAUUGAGAGAAAUGAGAUGAGACCACACUGACUACUUCCCUUUUCUUCUUCUUCUUCUUCCUCUUCUUCUUAUCCGUUAGACAAGAUAACGGUGGAGACCAGAGUCUGGAGACUGAUAAUUUAUCUUCAUCACCAUCAUCUUCUUAUUCUUCCUCUUUCCAUUUCUAUGCAUAAACAUUACCAUUAGAACUUUGGUGGUGGGUUUGCUAAAUAGCAUUAAGAAGAAGAAGAAGAAGAAGAAGACGAAGCAUGUCUUGUUUAUUGCCACAGUUCAAUUGCAAACCGGAUACAUUUACCGCCCAAAAGCAUGCCUUCAGAACCCACUCUUUCCCCGCUACUCCCAAUUCUCAUCUCCCUCCAAAAGCUAGAGAUCCGGGCUCUUCCUGGCCACAAUGUGUUUUAUCCACUCCCUCUUCCUCAACCUCUACUGUUCUUAGCAUGGACAAACUCAGGUUACCUUCCUUGGAAGCUAACUCUGAAUCCACUGCAAAUAGACCCUGGACCUAUACUGAGACAAACUUUCAGGCAACUUUAGCCACAGAAACUCUUCUUACCAGCGAGGAGGCUGUAAUAGCUGCUGCUGCUGCUGAAGCUGUUACUCUUGCAAAAGCAGCUGUGAGGGUUGCAAAGGAUGCUGCUCUGCUAGUGAAAACUUCUGAAAAACAUCAAAGUACUUCUGUAGUUACUUUAGAAGCUAGUUAUUCGGAUUUUAAGGGUGUUCAUAAUAUGAAAACUACACAAGCUGCUGUAUUAGGAGAUUCUGUGGGAAGUGAGAUUGCUCUGAUGCAAGAUCAGCCCCUGAAAUGCGAGUCCGACUUUGAGGGACCAACAUGUGAAGAACUUCAAGCACUGCAGGAACAACUCUCUAGUAGCACCGCUGUAAGAUCAAAUCGCCAAACUGAAAGGAAGGCCAGAAGAGACAGAGCUGCAGAGAAGGCUGCUGCAAAUGUUGUGUCUGUGAAAUCUGGCUCUAAUAGCAGGAAAAAACGUUCUUCUGUACAAGAUGUAGAUCAUUCUGAUCCAUUGCGUUACUUGAGAUCAACUACCAGCUCUUCUAGGCUUCUGACUGGAACUGAGGAGAUUGAGCUAUCAGAAGGAAUACAGGUGCUCCUGAAACUGGAGAAGCUCCAGGAAGAGCUUGCUGAACGAUGUGGCAGUCAGCCAACGUUUGCACAAUGGGCUGCAGCAGCUGGAAUUGAUCAAAAGACCUUGAGAAGGCGCAUAAACUAUGGCAUUUUAUGCAAAGACAAAAUGAUUAAAAGUAACAUACGUCUUGUCAUAUCAAUUGCGAAAAAUUAUCAGGGAGCUGGGAUGAAUCUUCAAGAUCUUGUUCAGGAAGGAUGUAGAGGCCUAGUAAGGGGUGCAGAAAAGUUUGAUGCGUCGAAGGGUUUUAAGUUCUCCACUUAUGCACACUGGUGGAUUAAACAGGCAGUCCGCAAGUCUCUUUCUGAUCAGUCCAGAACUAUCCGCUUACCAUUCCACAUGGUGGAGGCGACUUAUAGAGUUAAGGAGGCAAGAAAGCAACUGUAUAGUGAACAUGGAAGACACCCUAAUGAUGAAGAGGUUGCAGAGGCAACUGGGCUGUCAAUGAAGCGGCUUGCUGCUGUGUUAUUGACUCCAAAAGCUCCUAGAUCCUUGGAGCAAAAAAUUGGGAUCAACCAGAACCUUAAACCUUCGGAAAUAAUAUCAGAUCCUGAUGCAGAAACUUCAGAGGAUGUGCUGAAUAGGCAGUUCAUGAAACAGGACUUGGAAAAGGUACUGGAUAGUCUCAAUCCUAGGGAAAAACAGGUUAUAAGAUGGAGAUUUGGAAUGGAGGAUGGAAGGAUGAAGACAUUGCAAGAAAUUGGUGAGCUGAUGGGAGUGAGUAGGGAGAGAAUAAGGCAAAUUGAAUCAUGCGCAUUUCGGAAACUGAAGAACAAGAAGAGGACCAAACAUUUACAGCAGUAUGUGCUUCCAUAGCACAGACAAGACUACAAUUUGCUUACAUAACUGGAGUCUCUUCCCUUUUGAUGAAGACAUCGUCACAAUUUUUUUACUCCUUCAUUUUCUGGUGUAGAAAUUUAGAUUUUACAGUAUCAGAGAGCACUUGUGCAUAAACUAUUUAUUUCCCUCCCCCCAUCUCCUUUGAAAUCAGGCAUUUUCUCAUAUUAUUUUUUAAUGUAUUUUAAUGUACUAGUAAAGAGCAGACACUGAGAAUGAAAGUUAAAAUUGCAAUUUAUAUUUCUAAUGAAAACUUUAUUGAAAA